AAUUUAUUCCGUCCACAAUUCAGAUGAACUUUUAUUGCUACCAUGCCGCUUCUUCCGCCCCCAAUGGCGUAUGACGACACUGAUGCUCCAGCAUUGCCUCUGAAAAUCUCGUAUAGACCCUCGCUAGCGUGCUUCGGUAGCCCCCACCACAGGGUCCCGUUUCGCCCUUGCCGACUCACUGCAGCACCUUUUGCUGGUUUGUGACGAUAUUCCAAGGCUGACGGAAGAUCGACAGUGGUCAAGGUUUCUGGAGGUCCGCUGGGUGGUCCGGUGAUACAGUCGAGUAUAAGAAGUCGCCUCUCCGACCACUCUAAUCACCAAUUUUUCAUCAAGCCUCACAUUCAAAACAUUAUCUUCACAUCAACCUAAGCCACCUCUUACCUCUUCCAUUCCCACAAUGUUUGCUACUGCUCUCACUCUCGCCCUGGCUGGCGCUGCCGUCGCGUCGCCCGUCAUCGUCCCUAACUACCCUCCCAAGGCCACUUCUGAUGGUUUCAGACUUGUUGUCAACGUCACCGACCCUUCUCGUGACUUGAGCCCUUCCAUUCAAAACACCUACGUUACCAGCAUUCACACUGGUGCCGGCCUCAACUACAUCGGCCAGUCUGCGGACCAGAAAGCCGCCCGCACGUUCUUUGUCAACGGAACCGCCGGUGAAGUUCACUACGGCCAAAGCCAUGUCCUUUCCAACGCUGGCUACAUUAUCGAAGGCCUUGGCCGCGCUCCCGAUGCCAAGUCUGACAAGAACGCUACCUACAUCACUCUCAACGGCGGCAGUGGCGGCCCUGGCAUCGGCCUCACUCACUUCCCCGACCCUUACACCUACCUGUACCCUGAUAGCUACUACGCCUGCAAAGAGCCUUUGGCCUACUAUGGCGGCAAGGAGUUUGUCGUUAUCAAGAACGUUCCCGUUACCAUCACUAGCGAUGGCCAAAUCGAGUACAACAUCCCAGAGGGCUGCGCUCCCGUCAACCUGGUUUCCGAGUGUGCCGAGCUCACCGAGAUCCCCGACGGCUUCCACAUUGACCACCAGUUUGUUUCCAAGGCUGAGUGCUACAAGGAUGUCAGUAGCCUCGACUGGACCAAGUACGGCCCUUAAACGGCUGCAAACCGGCGCAGAGGCGUGUCGUACUUGUUGGCAAUGAAUCAAUGAGUGUGUAUUACUAUAUUAAUAAUUAAUACGAAUGAUAUUUAUUAUAUGAAAAAUU